AUGGGGCUGCCCCGGGCAGGGCUGUGGCUGAGGAGGCUCUGGGUCCUCUUUCAGGUGGCCCUGCAAGUGGCUGUGGGCAAAGUGUUCCUGAUAUUGUUUCCCUCGAGAGUCAAGCAACACAUCGUGGCCAUGAACCGGAAGAACCCCCACUUUUCCUAUGACAACUGGGCCCCAACUCUGUACAGCGUGCAGUAUUUCUGGUUUGUCCUGAAGGUCCGAUGGCAGCGACUCGAGGACAGGACUGAGCCAGGAGGUCUGGCCCCCAACUGCCCCGUGGUCCGGCUCUCAGGACAGAGGUGCAGCAUCUGGGACUUCAUGAAAGGCAACCGGCCAUUGGUGCUGAAUUUUGGAAGUUGUACCUGACCUUCAUUUCUUUUCAAAUUUGACCAGUUCAAGAGACUUAUUGAAGACUUUUGCUCCAUAGCAGACUUUCUCAUCAUCUACAUCGAAGAAGCACACGCAUCAGAUGGCUGGGCUUUCAAGAACAACGUGAACAUCAGGAAUCAUCGGAAUCUCCAGGACCGCCUGCAGGCAGCCUGCUUGCUGCUGGACAGGAGCCCCCAGUGCCCUGUGGUGGUAGACACAAUGAAGAACCAAAGCAGCCGGCUCUACGCAGCGCUGCCCGAGAGGCUCUAUGUGCUCCAGGCGGGCAGGAUCCUCUACAAGGGUAAACCUGGCCCUUGGAACUACCAUCCAGAGGAAGUUCGUGCUGUUCUGGAAAAGCUCCACAGUUAGUCUGGGCAGAUCCCCCAGGCCUAGGUGAUCAGCAGGAGGGCUCCUCAAGUCCUGGCUCUCCCCCCAGCCCAUGUGGCUGUUACCUCUUCACCUGUAUCCCCAGCUGAACUACUAGCUCAGAGCUCUCUGAUCUAGCCGAACAACUGUAGUCAGAAAACGAAGCAGCAAGUGAGCUGAAUGUUAAAGACUGUACAGAAUGUCAAUGCUGCCCCCACGGCAGAGACCACAUUCAUUGCACGUGGGCCCCAUCUCCAGCCACUCUGAUACCAAGUGGUUACAUACGGCAGUCCUUACGUCAGGUAAAUUCAUUCUACCAAAUUUGCCGUUUAUGGAACUGAUCAUCUAAGACACUAAAUUGGUUUUUAGAACCAAGCAUGGGGAGAACUCCUGUUGAGGAGAAAGAGAUAAGGAAUUGAAAGCUGUCGUUCAUUGAUGCGGAAGCUCGUAUUUGAAAUUGUUUCUCUGAUUUCUUUGCAAGUCUCCUAAUGGUCAUUUGUGUUACAUUACAUCAGACUCAUGGAUAACCAUUGGUAUUCAUCUGUUUUAACUCUGCUUCUUUUCACGUUUGUCUAUGACGGCCACAGUCUAAAGUGCACACAGCUGUGACUUGACUUGAACGAAAAUGUUUUAAGAUGCAGUAAAGCUAAUACAGAAUGAUUAAAACAUCUCAGGCUAUUUGGGA